AUGGGCAAACUCAUCAAGAACCACUGGGCUCGCCUCAUCGUCCUCACUGCCGCCGCAUAUCAAGUCGCGGCAGGCGUACAUGGCUUUUUCUGGCCCAAGGUGUUAUGGGACUUCCUCACCAAGAACCUCGACCAAGCUGUCAAACCAUUUCCCGCCCUGCAAAUACUCAAUGUGGUAUUUGGGAUAAUCGCUUUCGCCUGGGAAUGGCCUGUGAAGCCUAUCGUCUCGAUGCUUCCUGGCAUGCACCGGAGUAUGGAAGCGAGAUUGGUGAUAUAUCCGGUGGCAGCACUCGCCGCUGCCAUCAUAUACCAAGGGACGAACGCUGCUUUGUAUUACCUUAUUGGAGUUAUUGUUUACUUUUGGGCGUACUCGGAAGGCGAGACCGUAUGUGCAGAACCUUGGACCGUUCCCAAGAGAGGAGGUGCCAGACCGGGCAAAGUAUAA